GAUGGAGGGCAAGGGUAUGUGUUACUGUGUUUCUGUGCAGUGGGAUUAGUGACACUGGUGUUAUUUAAAGCGGAGAGCUAUAGUGUGGGGCUGCCAGACAGUGUCUCAGACACAGCAGGAGAGGAUGCAGAAGAUAUACAUGCAGAGUGAUGGGCACUUUGAGGUGUUCACCACUGUCUUCCCCCCACAAGGUGAGUACCACCUGCAAUCCUCUCUGGGGCUGUAGGUAUGAAGUUUCUCAGUGUAGGAGUGCUAAUUUAGGAUCAGUUUUGCCUUGAAUCACAAUGAAUAAGAAUGCAUGAACAGGAAGUAACUUAUCCUAGAGUACUCUGAGACUCUUGAUCCAUUACGGACCCAGUUCUAUUAUGGGCUAGUCUCAUGUUGUCAUACUGUCUUGGUCUUUAUUGAGGUUAUUAUUGUGCAUAGAGAUUAAUUUAUUUGCCUUUUCAGGUUAUUUUCAUUAACUGGUUUUCGGGAGCCUAUCAUAGUUUUGCUGUCAUCUUGCCUAACAGCUCUUUAUGACUUCAUAUCUAAAUUUCAACCCUUUUUUAUCAGCUUGUAGAGCAAGAACAAGAUACAGGCCUAGGGAAGCAGUGAAGGUGGUAGCAGCAGUCAACUACAGGCCUCAUUGGCCAGAUGAGCUUCAACUAUGUCAGGGUGACGUCAUCCAAGUUCUCUUCAGAGAUGAGCCGUCGUGGUGGUUCGGGCGUCUACAGAACGGGGCAGAGGGGUACUUCCCAACCGCAUGUGUGACCAGACUGAACCAGAGUGAUGAUCAUGAGCCAGUGAAUGCCAAUCCAAGCUCGUUACGGAGUUCAUCCAAGGAUGCAGCUCCUGAUGCCCCCUGUGGCUGCACAAGCAGUCGUAGUACUCCAAAGCUCCCCAGGCAUGAGAAAGAGAGCCUCUUACGGGCUUUGGGACACAAGGCCUCCUCAAAGUCAGGCUCAGCCCACAGCUCCCCCAGCCUGCUGCACCGUGUGCUGUCCAAGGGCCACCGGAGGAGGAGUGACGCCCAGGGACUGGGAGAUGUAAAUUGCUCCGUCAAUGGCUCCAUCAAUGUAGCAUUCGAACCUGACUGAUUGUUUAUCUCUUAGAAUUGUAUCAUGUACAGUACCAGUCAAAAGUUUGGACAC